CCUGCUCAGUCCCUGCUUUUUGAUCUGGGCUGUGUGUCAGGCCAAGCAGCCUUGCGCUAUGUAUCCUUGUCCUUCAGGAUGUAGACCAAAUGGAAAAAAGAAAUCACAUUGUAAAGGACAACUGAGACUGUCAGUCUUCUCUGACAAGAAUCAGUGACAGCCUGGUGCAGAGCUCUGGGAGUCCCAUUACUACCCUUCCUUCCAUUUCAUUUAGCUUUUGGUGACCUUUGUGCUGCACAGCACAAGGCAGCAGGGAUAGCAGAAGCUACUAAAGCACAUAUUUCCCUAGAAACUAUGAUCUGGCUGAUGCUGGAAAAAUUGAUGGUGUACUUCUCAUGAGUACAAAGACUAGAGGUUUGAGCAGUCUAAACGAAGUGACAUGGUCGUGAAUCCAUGUGUUGCUUUUCCACUGCUUCAGAAGGGCACAAGUAUAUUUGUGGGGCUCUGCAGAGUGAUGGCACCAAGGAGGGAUGGAGCACUUGGCACUGAUGCAGAGGGCCAGGCCACGGUGCAGAUCAGAGCUCUGCCAUUGGAAGGUCCCAGGGCUGCUCCUGGUCCCAGUGGUCAUGUAGGCAAUUCCACAAGCUAGGGAAGGCUUUGGGAUUGUUUGGAGUUUAAUUUCUUUUUUCAUUCUCUCAAUUUCUUUUUAUUUUAUCUGUUUUUUUUUCCUAACUAAAUUGCAUUUAAGUCAUAUUUAGUUGGAAUGUGGCUUAGUAAGGAAACAGUGCUGCUAAGAAGAAAAGUAAAAGAGCUAUUUGGUAAAAGGGGAAGAAACCUGGCUGCACACACACACCUAGUAUGCUUGUAUAAAGUGUAUCUCUAUCCUGGAAAAAGAUCUAAAUGGAUAGCUUGGGAGCAAGCACUUUUAGAUCGUUCUGAUCUCAGUCUGCACCCCAUAGCUUCUGCUGGCUCUAAUUUAUAGCUAUGGAAGGUUGGGGUGAAUGCUGCCUUUUGACUUUGUUCUUUUUAUUUUCAUUUUCAAUCCAAAUAUCUUCUGAUUCUAAUAAACUCUAGAAGAAAUGCCCAGACUUCUGAAGAUAUGUUUCUUAUUGAUAUUGAUGAGUCCUGCUGAGAUUACACACAGUCAGAACUCUGAAGAUUUGCCUCCGUUAUUACAAAAAGCUGUGGAGGAAGUAAUAACUGGGAAAUAUCUGAAUGCUCUCCUUGAUAUACUUCAUUUUCAGAGUUCUAAUGCCUGGACAGCAGAUAUGCUUACAAAAGUUAUGGCAUAUUUUCAUGCCCAAGACAUAUUCACUCUUAGCAGCCUGCAGAUGUCCAUACAAAGUUACUUGCAGAACCUUUUAAACCAGCCUAGGCAGCUGCUGUCCGCAUUUCAGCAGCUUGAUCGGCAGCAGUUCCAGACUGCAAUGAAGUACCUCUUCAACAGCAGAAAGGACCGUCUUGAAGUGGGAAAUGUUGUUCUUGAUUGGAAAAAGACUAGGGAGAGAAUUUUCCAAAGCCCAGGAGUGAACAGGACCUUGUUUCUUAUAACGCUGGAGAAAUGCUUUCUGGCCCUGAGGGCUAUGGACUGUGUGGAUAUCCUAAGCCAGGUUUUGCGUGUGUCAGCAGUGAACUAUCUCCAACCUGAUGUCAUUGGGAGCCUCCCAAAAGUUCUGCAGGAGGAUGCUUUCAGAAACUUAUCAACAGUAUUCAAGGACCUCUAUGACAAAACCUCAGCAAAUACACAGAAAGCUCUGUAUGGCUGGAUGAGGGAGAUUCUACAAAAAUCAUGUAACACAAGUGAGUUCAGUGAAUCAGCUUCAUGGGUCAGUGCAGAAAAUUUAUGGAUUUUGGGACGAUACAUGGUCCAUCUGCCUUUAGAAGAAAUUCUGAAAAUUAGUCUCAAUGAAAUAAGACUCUUCGUUAGCUACGACAAUGCAACGAAGCAGUUGGACACAGUGUAUGAUAUCACACCAGAGCUUGCACAAGCUUUCCUGGAAAGAAUAAACUCAUCAGGAUUUGAUAUGAGAAACACUUCAACCAUCUACAGGCUGGGUUUGUUGGUUUGCUUUUAUGAUGACAUGGAACAGAUGGAUGCCACUGUGGCCCGAGCUUUGCUUCAUCAAAUGAUUAAAUGCAAUCAAUUGAGAGGUUUCCAGGCCGAGGUUCAGAAGCUCAAAUCUCAGCUCCUGAAUAUUGCUAUGCAGAACCAGACUUUGAAUGAUAUCCUUGGAUCGCUGUCAGACGCUGUGGUUGGACUGACUUCAGGUCAGCUGGAAUCUUUGUCACCUGAGGCGGUUCAUAAUGCUAUUGCAACACUAAACCAAGUCUCUGGAUGGGCAAAAAGCCAAGUUAUGAUUUUAUCCAGUAAAUACCUCUCUUAUGAAAAGGUUUUAUUUUAUAAUGUUAGUCAAAUGGGUGCAUUGAUAACUGGUAUUAGCACCCAGUCAUUCUACAGGAUGAACGCAAAGGAGCUUUCUCAGGUCAUUCGAGGCACAACAUCCCAAUACUCAACAGACUUAUCACCUGCACAACAACAAGGGAUCCUCAGGAAGAUAGCUUCAUCUAGAGAUUUUUCUUCACCAGUCACAGAUAUACAAGGGGCUUUCUUUAGAGAAAUCUCUCUUCCUGAUUUGUGGAAAGAGACUGGAUAUAAUUCUUCAGUGAUGAAAGAAAAAGAACUAAGAAGAAGCCAGGCUUUAUAUCUGUAUGAGUUAUUGUCUAAGAAAAGCUCUCCUGUUGACCUCCUAAGCACAGGACAGCUUGUGAAAGGAGUGACUUGCCAGUUCAUUGAAAGUAUGGGUACAGACUUUUUUUUAAGCCAUUUUAAAUUUUUUGAAAAGAACCUUCAUCUGCUUUCUCCAUAUCAGGUUAAUUGUUUGGCUUGGAAAUUUUGGAAAGCCUCCAAUGCAUCCAUUCCUCCCUUCCUCUUGCUGGUGCUGCCGGUUGAGUACCUGGAAUAUGUUUCAGGCCCCCUGUGUGUCCCUUUCAUUGAAAGCCUUGGGAAGACUGAGGUGGACCUCUUGAAUCCAAGCUUUCACAAAAAAGACGCUGUCCUGCAGAAAGUUCAGGAGUGCUUGAAUGGUUCCAUUGCUGAUGAAUAUGAUGUUGACCUACUUGGAAAUCUAAUCUGCCACUUACCUCCAACCUUUCUACACGACAGAAUGUCCCUGAAGGCAAUGGCAGCAGCCCUUCAUCAAUUCAAACUCUGCCAACAGCUCAGCCAUGAGCAGAAGACUGAAAUUAAAUACAAACUCCUUGAGUUAUAUGGCUCCCCGAGGAACUGGACAGCUGAAACAACAUUAGAUAUUGGACCAUUCAUAGCUCAGUUGUCAAAAGGAGAAUUAAAUGUACUUGCUGAAAAGUUCCAAGAUAUCAUUUUGCAAAUAGCAAAGACAGUAAGGCCAAUUUCUUCAGCCAAAGAGCUUCUAUCAACUGUAUUUGAAUCUGUCUCCAAUGCCACUGCAAACACUGAACCACCUCUCAUCAGACCAGAUUGCCUGGGAACCAGAGCCCCUUCUUCAGAUGAAAUUAUUAAAUUAGCAGAAGCAAAUGUCUAUUGGUCAGUUCAGGAACUGAAAUGCAUGGAUGCAAGGACAUUUGACAAAAAUGUGGAGCGUCUUGGGACUGUCUCUGGUUUCAACAGCUCACAGCUUAUGGUGUUGAAGGAAAAAGCCAAGCAGGUUUGGGGUUCGCUGUCAGGCUGGAAGAGUUACCAUAUUAUUUCUCUGGGGCGCAUUGCUCUGGCACUCACUGAAGAUGAAAUUGAAGAGCUGGAUUUACAUCUGAUCGACACCAUUUCUGUCCUGAGUCAGCAAACAGAAUGGACUCCUACCCAAGCAAGAUCUAUUUUGCACAGUUUUCUAGAAGACUCUGGCCAGACAAUGAAUACAUUAAAAAGCUUUGAUUUAGUUGGAUUAGGAGCUAUUCUCUGUGCUCUGAACUCCACAGAAAUCAUGUCCAUAAGGAGUGUUGAAUUCAGUGCUGCUGUUGCAAGAAUUGGCCUGUUGCUGUGUAGCACUCCUGUUCUGAGGCAGUUUAAGAAAAUGGCAGAGUUUGUAUUUGGAACUGCAACCAGCUGGAAUGGCUCUGUGUUACAGGAGAUUGGUACUAUAGCAGGUGGUUUGAAUGAGGAUGAAUUAAAAGCUUUCAAUAAAAACCUGAUGCCAUAUUUCCAGCCAAUAGCAAUAAGCCACAUACCUGGUGAAAUUUUCCAAGCAUUGUCCCCAGAACAAAUAGCAAACCUGGGCCCUGAAAAUGCUGCCAUGGUUACAGGAUCUCAGCGUAAGCAUCUGACUGUAUCACAGCUCCAGAGCCUUCAGCUGGCACUGGAUGGAGCCAGGAUAAGCACCCCAGAGGCACCCACCACAGCCUGUGCACCCCCAGUGGGGCAGACCCCAGCUCCAGGUGGUGCUCCCUGUUUGAGUGGCUUCAGCGUCUGGUUAUGUGCCGUGUUCAUGCUGUGUGUGCUUUCCUGAAUCUAUCAUUGUUGAGCUUGUGUGUCCUGGAGCUUACAAAGGAGAUGCUAAAAAGCUGCAGCUCAGCACAAAUAGUAAACAACCUGGUUAAUUUCUUAAAAGCAACACCUUCACCUGGCAUUGUGAAGUGGCCCCUUUUCCUUGCUUUACCAUUAAUGAGUAACACAGGAGUUCCCUCCAAGUGCUUCAGAAAACAUUUCAAAACUGGAAAAGCCUUAUGUGUGUCACGAGGAAAAAAAAAUAUCCAGUCCUUUUUAUGUUGACUAAUUUGUUCACACUAUUUUAUCCAUCUGUUCGGUUUUCUUUUUAUACUUUGAAUCAUUCCUCAGGACAGAGGCUGUCUUUCUGUGUGACAUAGUAGAAACCAUGCUGAAAGGUACUGCUGUUGCAAUAAAAUAAUUUCAUCUCUGGGAUGCUGGUUUAAAUCCUGCUCAGCUAAGAAGUGGUCCUAUGUGAAA